GCGAUGAUAUCUUCAGUUUUCUUUUACAAUUGUUGGGAUUGGGUUCGCAGCUGUCUCUCGACUGAAUUGUGAUCAGAUCCGUUGAAAUUCGUCUCGUUAUAUUAAUCAGAAUUUUAAUCGAUGGAGAACGACGAUCUCCGUUAAAUUCCCUGGCCUUUUCUUGACAAAGGAGGUCUUCCUGAUUGUAAACUUCAUACGCGAAUCGACGUCGCAAUCGCCGUGGUGCGAUCAAAAGAAAAUGGCCGCCGCCGCGGCAGCCGCACUGCUCGACGAGCUCAUGGGCAGAAACAGAAACGUCCUGCCUAAUGAGAAACCCAAAGAGCUUAAUUGGGAGGAUCCUGAGUUUUGCAAAUUAUAUCUGGUGAAAUUCUGUCCUCAUGACCUAUUCGUUAAUACAAGAGCGGACUUGGGUGCAUGUCCUAAGGUACACGAUGAUGAGGCUAGGGAACUAUUUGAAAAGGCGCCACAUUCUUAUCGUAAACAGCAAUAUGAAGAUGAGUUUAUCAGGUAUUGUCAAAGUAUGUUAAAUGAAGUGGAGAGAAAAAUCAUAAAGGGAAAACAACGGUUGGCACUAAUUGGGAGAACAGAAGCGCCGACGUUGACUCCAGCCCAGACUCAAAGAAAUGAGGAGCAGAUUGCUCUAUUGACGGAGAAGAUAAAUAAGUUGGUAGAAGAGGCUGAACAAAGUGGAAUUCAAGGCAAUGUAGAGCAAGCACAGGGCCUAAUGCGUCUUUGUGACCAGUUAAAAGAAGAACGCGAGACUUUGAGGAAGUCCAAUGAUAAUAGUCAUUACAACCAAACUGCUGAAUUAGCAGCUGCGCAAGAGAAACAAAUGGAGGUGUGCGAUGUGUGCGGCGCGUUUCUUAUCGUAGGAGAUGCUCAGCAGCGAAUUGAUGAUCAUCUGAUGGGAAAACAGCAUGUGGGCUAUGCGAGACUGAAAAGCGCUCUUCAAGAAAUUAUGAGCAAGCGCGAAAAGGCGCGCGAUGAGAAAGAACAGAGGAGAGAGGAAGAACGAAAGCAAAGAGCGCGAGCAAAUGAAGAGCUCGAUAGGCGGCGGAGAGAUGGCGACAGGGAUAGAGAUCGCGAUAGAGACAGAGAUAAACGUCGUAGGCGAAUAGAUGAUGAUAAAAGCCGUUAUGAUUCGAGCGGUUAUAGAAAUUCUGGGCAUAGAAGUAGAAGUAGAUCGCGAGACAAACACCACCGGGACGAAGAUAGUCACCGACGUCACGGUCGAGAUAAAGGAAAUCGCGAUCAUCGAAGCUCCAGCCAUCAUACCCGUCGCCGUCAUCGCUCGCGAAGUCGAAGUCACAAGUAACUUCUCUUGAUUGGUUAGUGAGUGAGAAGUAAUCCAGGAGAAGCCCGCGGAGUUCCGUGGAAUCGUGGAUGCGCGCUUUCAAGAUGAAUCGAAUGAAUGUGAAUAAAUGCAAUCAGGUUGAAAUUUAUUCAAUAUAACAUAAAUUCAUGUUUAUUUAAAAAUAAAAUGAAUUGUUUCUAUAAAAAUACAGCGUUUUUCUCUUUAAUAUAAGUGAUCUUAUCGCGCUUUGUUUUCAAAUAAUCGAAUUUGAAUUGAAUUUUAUUUUUCAAGAAUUUAUCUUGUUCUUUCAUAUAAUUUAUAAGAAGUUAUCGUACUUCAUUAUGAUGAUGUAAAUAAAAGAAAAGGAGAUCAUCUCUAAAGCCGAUGGUUUUGGACUUAUUUCUUUUCGCUUCUCGGGCACAGGACUAUCUCUGUAGGUUCGUUAAAAAUCUUGGUCAUACUUCAUUAAGAGAGAGAAAGAGAGAGAGAGAGAGAAAGAUUUAGUGGUUUAGUGUGGAGGGGACACAGCUCUCAGUGCCCGCUUCAUAGAGCUUCGUCCACGACUGCAAAUGCACGUGUGCACAACUACGAGUGCGCCCUGCAAACGUGUGACUGUGACUAUACGAACCUCUAGCUUCUGCCACGCAAUUGACGAGGUAUUUAUGCCGGAAUGAUAAUAUCAACACAUGUCCUUCUGCCAGGAGAGAAUCCGUUUAGGUUUAUCCUGUUUGGUUCGUGUUCUUUCGAGAAGUCUAACUAAGGAUCUAACAAUCUUUGAGAUGUGGAGAUUUAGAUAAUGCAGGGAUCCUUUAAUCGCUGGUAUAUAGGCAUACAUAUUCAUGCAAGAUUAACAUUAGUCAGCAAAAAUAGAAUAAGACAUAGAUAACAGGGGAAAUUCUACAAAACAUUGUUUACCUCAAAAAUAAAAUAUUUUUAAGGAAAAUUUCUAUCCAAGAUGUUUUAUGUGAAUGAUAUAGGCUUCCCCCAUUUAACAAUAAAAGUUAAUCCAACAGUUUACAUAUACCUUUCGGUGUUUUUGAUCGAGGAGAUUUAAUUCAUAAUUCCUUAUGAGGACCAUAUGCGCUUAUUAAACAAACACACAGUCGACAGAGGGACAGGAUUUUGCCAACAAAAUUAUCAUUAAGCAACAUUUGAUUAUUACAUUGUAUCAUGGUGCCGAUAACAUUCUUGUUAAAACUUGGAUUGUCUACUUUCAGGAAGAAGAGAAGAACAAAGAAGGGACUUCUCGAGAACUCAUCCAAUACAUCGUUUACCAUAUUGUUAAGGUAAAGAUUUUGUAUAAUCUUAACAAUGAUAAGAGUGUGUGAAAGAGAGAGGAGGAGAGACGAAGAUAAAAUUUGCGUCGAAAUCACAGACACACAAAAUCGAUACAAUUCGUGUUCCGAACAUUGUUAUUUUAGGCCACCUAUACAUAAAUAAAAUGCAAGGUAAAUUGUGUAAGAUACAAUUUGCUGUGUGCCGCGCUAAUAAUAAUACUCGUAAGAUUGUUAUUUGAAAUUAAUAAAAGAAUGCUACAUA